AUUGUGGCAUUUAGAUUUUAUCCGCGGGUAAAAUUGUAUUUUAUUUGGAAACCGAAAUAAAGUGAUAUAAAAAUGUCAUAGUUAUGGCUAGCACUCCUGUUGACUCCCGAGGUUUGACCCUCAUUAAAAGCUAUCGAAAAGGUGUCAUAAAGGAUACUUUUACCAAAUCACGAGUUUUAGUCAUAGAUGUAUUAAAAAUUAUUUAAUGAUUUUUAAUACAUCUAUGGUUUUAACAAAUGUUGUGUGACGAAGUUGUCUCUUAAAAGUUAUUCACGGGCAUUUAUUUAGUUAUUAAGUAUUAUUAUUAUAUAUUAUAGUUAUUAAUAUUUUUAUGAGAGGGAGUCACAGCCCGGAGACAAAGGGAACAAUCAGUUUUGACACACUUAGCUUUUGGCAUAAUUGGAGGACGGUAACUGUUAUCAUUGCGGCCCUGCCUGCGCGCCCGACCCCGCGUAUUCUGUUCGCAAGUGAUAUGAUCGAGGCUAAAUUGGGACGAGUUGAGUGAUUUCAAAGUGCUUUGACUAUAAACAAAUUUAGUCAUAAUUUGUGUGGCUCCAGAUUACUAGAUAGCAUUGUUAAAUAAUAAGCUUAAAGAUUUCUGUUCCUUUUGAAAGUCAUUUACGUAAAAAAAUAUUUGUAACAGGACAAAUUUACAAUGGAUUCGGACCAUCCUGUAAAAGUAAAGCCGUCGCUGCGCCCGCGGCCGCCGGCACAGGCAAAGUCGCCCGAUCCCCAGCAUCUGCCUCCUAUUUCACGUGUUUCUACACCUACUGGCGAUUCAGAAAAGCAGCUGUGGUCCCGCUACCACCUCGGCUGCGUGGCCAAGAGCUCUCCCUACUUAGACUGGUCUGCUCGCAAGGCUCUGAAGAAGAGAUCGUCAAAUAAAGUACGCACUCCAACAAAUGACACAUUAAAAGAUGAGGGAGAAAUAGCGAACUAUUUGGACCGACACCGCGACUUCCUCGAGGCGUACGUGAUAAAGAAGAUUCCUCCAGAGGACAUAGAGAGAUGGCUGCUGCAGAAACUAAAGCUGACGACUGUAAAUGGUCAAGCCCUGCAACUUAGUAACGCUAAGACAUCGAGAAAACUUACUUUUAUGGACCAUAUGGACAAGCUGCAGGAGAAAUCGUCUGAAUACGAGCUUGUGUGGGAGUUGGCAGGCUCUGUCACCGCCGCCGUCGGGGUGGACGUGUACCGGCUUUACAAAAUCAGAUCACACCAACCCGGCGUCGUGCAGUACUUCGUGGUUGAUAAUGACAAAAACGAAAAAAAAAGCCUGAAGAUCGCGUUUGCUCGGGCGGAGUCGGAAACGGCAGCCUGUAUCAUCGAGAUGGCUCGGGCAGGUGUGCCCAGACGGCUGGCAGUCCCAUGCUCGUCAGGCUUCCCGGGGUUACCUACGUACAAGAUGUGCAGGACUAAACAUAAGAAAGAUCCGAAACCGGUGAUGUACCAGCCGAUGCGGUCGGGCGCCACGUGGUACGUGGUGGAGAUGUGGAAGACGGCCGGCUUCCAGAAGGCGGACGAGGAGUGGAGCGCGCGCCUGGUGCUGUGGGGCAUGUUGGCCGUGCACUACCGCGCGCUCCACGCUGAGAACGUCAAGGAGCGCAAUAUGUCCGACUUCCUGCUCGACGUCGUCAAAGCGAUAUUCGAAGAAAUGGUUUCCCUGGACCAGCUGAUAAAGCGGAUCUUGGAGUUCGCUCAGCGUCUAGUCAACGCCGACCGAGCGUCUCUGUUCCUGGUCGACUACAGGAGCUUCGAGCUGGUCUCCACAGUCUUCGACCUCAAAUUCGAGCGCGGGCAGGACCGGGACAUGGAGAAGAAGGAGAUCAGGAUACCCAUAAACAGAGGCAUCGCUGGACACGUGGCUUUGUCCGGGGAAACCAUGAAUAUUCCAGACGCGUAUUCUGAUUACAGAUUUAACAGAGAAGUUGACGAAGCAACUGGGUACAAGACAGUCAGUAUACUUUGUAUGCCGAUAAAGGUGGAAGGCAAGGUGAUUGGUGUCGUCCAGAUGGUCAACAAGCGCUCGGAAGAGAAUUUCGGUCACGAAGAUGAAGUGGCCUUUGAAAUAUUCUCCACAUUCUUUGGAUUGGCGCUUCACCACGCUCGCUUGUACGACAGGAUUAUGAGGAAAGAGCAGAAGUAUAAAGUAGCGUUGGAAGUACUGAGCUACCACAACACUUGUAGAGAAACCGAAGUGCAAGCGUUGUUUGCUGAGAAAGGUUCAGUCGAUGUUGAUUUGGAUGAUUAUUAUUUGGAUCCUUAUGGUUUGAAUGAGUUUGAAAAAUGUCAAUGUGCACUGACUAUGUUCAAUGAGCUGUUCGAUAUGAGCUCGUUCGAUGUGGUGACUGUGACGCGGUUCAUCCUCACAGUAAAGAAGAAUUAUAGAACAGUUCCUUAUCACAACUUUGACCACGGUUGGGCAGUCGCGCAUGCUAUGUAUGUCAUUUUGCGAAGCGAUGAUAAAAAACGAUUUAACUACAAAAUGCGCUUGGCCCUGUUUGUGGCGUGCCUGUGCCACGACCUGGACCACCGCGGCUACACCAAUAAGUACAUGAGCGAGACAGCCUCCCCCCUCGCCGCCAUGUACUCCACGUCUACGCUGGAACACCACCACUUCAACAUCACCGUCACUAUACUGCAGCAGGACGGGCACAACAUCUUCUCACACAUGUCCGGCGAGGACUAUAAGGAAAUCCUGGGCUUCAUCAGGCAAGCUAUCCUGGCGACCGAUCUCGCUGCCUUCUUCCCCAACCUGGACAAGAUGAAGGAACUGCUCAAGGAAACUGAGACUCGCUUCGACUGGGACCUCACGAGCCACAGAGAUCUGGCGAUGGCGAUAUCCAUGACGGCAGCCGACCUGUCGGCAUCUGCCAAGCCCUGGGACAUUCAGAACAAGACCGUGAGGGUAAUCUUCGAAGAGUUCUACGACCAAGGAGACAAAGAAGCCGCCGCGGGCCGGUCUCCCAUCCCGAUGAUGGACAGGACCAAGCCGGAGGAGCAACCCGCUAGUCAGGUUGGGUUUCUGAGCCAAAUCUGCAUACCAUGCUACACAGUGCUCAGUAAAAUCCUACCCAGCACCAAGCCCAUGUACGCGAUGGCAAUAAAAAAUCUGCACAGAUGGAAAGCCAGGGCUGACAGAAUAGCUUUGAACGCCAUUGAUGAUGUAGAAAAAGUUAAAUUAAAACAAUUGACAGAUGAUCCAGAGACUGAAGAACUAACUGAAUUAGAAGGGAAAGUUUCUAUAGUCGAUUCUUCUGUAGUUGAAGAUAUUGUUGAAAGUCUAGCCGCGAAAGACGGGAAUGUCCUGGAACCAGUUGAGGCUCUUCGUAAGGCUGCUACUCCUUGGGAAGAAGAAAUGGAAGAGGACAAAAGAGUUAGUAAGGAAUUUUGGAAGAAUAUAGACGAGGCUUGGGUAAGCGACGAGGGAGUCGUAGUUAAGGCGGUAAACAGGGCAAGUGGAGACCAAAUGCAAGGAACAUAA